UGCCAGUUUAUCACACUCCAGUCGUUCUAAUUAAUUCCUCAUUUUCACCUCCUUCUCCACCUCCGUCUUCGUCUUCAUUUCCGUCUUCCUUUACUGGAAGAAAGGAACGCGCAGCUCUCGAUCCGCUCACUUUCACUCCGCCGUUCUCGCGGCGGCGGCGGCGGCGGCGGCGGAGGAGGAGGGAUGGCCGCGGCGGUGUCCGAGCGGGUCGAGCUCGCCCAGCUCUGCACCUCCCGCGAUUGGUCCAAGGCAAUCCGAGUCCUCGACUCGCUGCUGGCUCGGUCGUGCACAAUCCAGGACAUCUGCAAUCGAGCUUUCUGCUACAGUCAAUUGGAGCUGCACAAGCAUGUGGUGAAGGACUGCGACCGCGCGCUUCAGCUGGACCCUGCGCUUCUUCAGGCUCAUAUUCUGAAAGGUCGGGCAUUAUCUGCUCUGGGAAGGAAAGCAGAUGCAGUUUUGGCUUGGGAGAAAGGGUAUGAACAUGCUCUAAAUCAGUCAGCAGAUCUGAAGCAGUUGCUAGAGUUAGAAGAGCUUUUGACUUAUGCAAAACAAGAUAAAACUUAUGCGGCUGAGAACCAUGCAGACUCCACCUCAACUGUGUCUGUACUGGAUUCUGUAACUCAAGUCAAUGGAGAAUCAAAUGAAAUUAGUCGGAAUCAGAAGAGUUUGAGAGAUGCAUUAAAAAAUUCUAGCAGAUCGAAUGGUACAUCGGAUGUUCCUUACAAGCCCAAUCGAAGUUUGGACUUACCAAGUUGUUUUAGUAGUGAAGCCAAACGGAAAGAGAAGCUUGAGUGCAAAAUAAAUGGAAGCCUUCAUGUUCUUGAUGAUUCAAAAUCUGAGUCCAAAUCGUGCGAGACAUCCUUAACUGGAAGUGAAUCAUCUAUAAUUUGUGCCAAGCCAAGUGAUAUGGCUGAAACCUCUAGUAAAUUGAACGACAAGGUUGUUGCUCAAAGUGAAAUGAGUGAUGGAGUUACUCAUAAUGAAAUAACCGAUGACCCCAGGAAAAAUAAGAAGGCCUGUGUCACUAAGCUUUCCAAGAACCGAUCAAUAAGUGUAGAUUUUCGUCUGUCCAGGGGGAUAGCACAGGUCAAUGAGGGAAAAUAUGCCCAGGCUGUAUCCAUCUUUGAUCAGAUAUUGAGGGAGGAUCCUAAUUAUCCCGAGGCUUUGAUCGGAAGAGGGACAGCAUAUGCCUUCCAACGUGAACUCAAUGCAGCCAUAGCAGAUUUUUCAAAGGCCAUUGAGGUAAACCCAUCAGCUGGUGAGGCAUGGAAGCGAAGAGGGCAAGCAAGAGCAGCUUUAGGGGAAUCAGAUAAGGCUAUUGCGGAUUUGACAAAAGCCUUAGAAUUUGAGCGGAACUCAGCUGAUGUUCUACAUGAAAGAGGAAUCGUCAAUUUCAAGUUCAAGGAUUUUGAAGCUGCAGUUGCGGACUUAUCCGCCUGUGUUAAGCUUGAUAAGGAUAACAAAUCUGCAUAUACGUAUUUGGGUUUGGCAUUGUCGUCAGUUGGUGAAUAUCAAAGGGCUGAAGAAGCACAUUUGAAAGCUAUCCAGCUUGAUCAAAACUUCCUUGAAGCAUGGGGUCAUUUGACACAGUUCCAUCAUGAGUUAGCGAGGCCCACGAAGGCAAUGGAGUGCCUCGAGAAAGUUAUGCAAAUUGAUAAGAUGUAUGCCAAAGCCUAUCACCUGCGAGGUCUACUUUUGCAUGGUUUGGGGGAACACAGGAAGGCCAUUAAGGAAUUAUCUGUUGGGUUGAACAUUGAGUUCUCAAACAUCGAGUGCUUAUACUUAAGAGGUUCCUGCUAUCACGCAAUUGGAGAAUAUGGGGAUGCGGUUAAGGAUUAUGAUGCUGCGCUAGACUUGGAAUUGGAUUCAAUGGAAAAAUUUGUGCUUCAGUGUCUGGCCUUCUAUCAGAAGGAAAUUGCUUUGUACACAGCUUCUAAAGCUAACAGUGAGUUUUGCUGGUUUGACAUCGAUGGAGAUCUUGAUCCACUCUUCAAGGAAUACUGGUGCAAGAGAUUACACCCAAAGAAUGUAUGCGAAAAGGUUUAUAGGCAACCUAGACUUCGUGAUUCUCUGAAAAAGGGAAAGCUCAGGAGACAGGAUUUCACAGUUACAAAGCAGAAGAAUGUUCUUCUACAGGCAGCUGAUUCAAUUGGAAAGAGAAUUCAAUAUCAUUGCCCUGGCUUUUUACCCAACAGGCGGCAGCAUCGCAUGGCAGGAUUAGCUGCAAUUGAAAUUGCACAGAAAGUUUUAAAGGCUUGGCGAGCUUUGCGUACUGAAUUGAAAGGUGCAACAAUUAAAUCUACUAAGAGAGCAGGAAGAAGAGAGAGGAUUAAUCUGCCCAGUCAGAAUAGAGGUGGUGAUUGUUGCAGCACAAGCAGAUCUGUAGAAACAUCAACUUCAUAUGGUACCAGUGAAGAAAGAUUAUCUGGUCGUUCUAAGUUAUCGUGGCAAGAUGUUUACUCUUUGGCUGUCAAAUGGCGUCAGAUAUCUGAACCUUGUGACCCUGUUGUGUGGAUUAACAAGUUGAGUGAAGAGUUCAAUGCUGGAUUUGGGUCACAUACACCAAUGGUUCUUGGACAAGCCAAAGUUGUUCGCUAUUUCCCCAAUUACGAGAGAACACUGAAUGUUGCAAAGGCAGUGAUAAAGGAAAGGUCUUAUGUGCGCAGCAAAUCAGAUUGCCUUAUCGACCUAUCCAAGGAUGGGAAAUUGGAAGAAAUUAUGCGUGCAAAGUCCUGUUCUGAUCUUCAUGGAGCUGUGGGGGAGGACUUCUGGCUGGCUACUUGGUGUAACAGCUCAGCGUUUGAGGGGAAACAGCUUGAAGGAACAAGGAUCACCCUCGUGAAAAUAGCUGAACGGGGAUAUGACUUUGCAAUCAGAACACCUUGCACACCUGCAAGAUGGGAUGAAUUUGACACAGAGAUGAAAAUGGCUUGGGAAAACAUAUGCAGUCUGUACUGCAGUGAAACAUAUGGCUCUACUGAUUUUGAUGCACUAGAGAAAGUCAGGGAUGCCAUUUUAAGAAUGACCUAUUACUGGUAUAAUUUCAUGCCGCUGGCAAGAGGGACAGCUGCUGUUGGGUUUGUGGCCAUGUUGGGGAUUCUUCUUGCUGCCAAUAUGGAGUUCACCGGGAACAUACCAAAGGGUGUACAGGUGGAUUGGGAAGCCAUUCUGAAUUUCGAUCCGAAUUCUUUUGUGGAUUCUGUCAAAACUUGGUUAUGCCCAUCUCUGAAGGUGACUACAUCUUGGAAAGAUUAUCCAGAUGUAUCUUCAACCUUUGCAACCACCGGAUCAGUUGUUGCUGCUCUGAGCUCUUACGAGAAUUAAGCACCCUUAAUUUAUUUGGUAGAACGGAGCUCUCUCUCUCUCUCUCUCUCUCUCUCUCUCUCGUUCUGCCGAUGCAGUGUUGUAAUGCUAUUGCAUGUUAUUUGACUGUCACAUUUUAUAGCAAGAUCCUUGCAACUGUAUGUUUAUUCUCUUAUAGAUCGAACCGUGUAACAAUUGUACUUAUUAUCUUAGCUUGUCGGGCAUUCUCAUAGAUUCAUCUCAACUCCUACUGUUUCUCCCAGCGUACUGGAGUUUUCAUAACUCAUCGGGAUUAUGGGAUGAAAAUUUUAAUUGCCGAUUGGUUUUUCCGUGCUUU